AUGCAAUCAAGGGAAUCAAGGUUAUCAUAGAGAGCAUUUUCAUCGAACUCUCCAACUAUGAGUAGUGCUUAUGCCUCAGCUAUGAAGAGUAUGCAGGAUAAAUUGAGGAAUGACAAUUAUAGGAAAUCAAUUGAUUUGUCUCCUUAAGAUAUCAUCAUUGAAUAACUUAAAUAAUAAGUAAACGAAUUGUCAGUUGAAAAUGAUCGUCUUUAAAUGCAAUUAAUGAAAGUUUCUUAAGAAAUGGAGAUGAACAAUAGAGCCACUUCAUAAAUAGAGUUGUUACAAGUUGAGAGAUUAUAACAUCUAAAGGAUUAUCAAGAGAGAGUAUCAGAAUUGAUAAGGAAGAAUGAAGAGCUUAAACACGAUAAGCAUGAAAUCCAAAUGUCAUUAGAGAGUCUUUAGAGAUAAUUGUAGGCAUAUAAAAGUAAUGAAAAAGGGUUGUUGCAUAAAGUUGAAAUGAAGAAAUUCGAAGAAAAUUCAAUACUAUUGAAUACUGUUUAGGAAUAUAAGCAAAAGAUCGAUAUCAAGGACAACAUCAUUAAAAAACUAGAAAAAAGAGUAGAAUAUUUAGAAUUAGAGAAAUAAAAAGUAGAAUAAGACUUUGAUAAUUACAAAUAAAAGCAUUCAACAUUUAAGUAACAUGAAUUCGAAAAACAAAUAUCGAAUCUCAAAUACUAAUUGGAUGAGAAAGAUAGAGUUUACUUAAAAAAUAUUGAUGAAGCUCAAUCCAAUAGACUCUGCAGAGAAGAAUAGAUGGCGAAAAGAAUUCAAGAGUUGAGUGUGAAGAGUUCUGAGUAUCAAGAUAUUAUCUAAUAACUAACUAUAGACUAUAAAGAUUUAAACGUUAAAUAUCAGUCUCUGAAGAUUAAAUUGGAAUAAGAGGAGAAGAGUCACAAAUAUUUAAAAAGAAGAAUAUCUAGAUAAGAAGAAACAGAAUUUAAUUAGGGAUACAGAGAAUAGAGGACAAUUAGUAAAUUAAACUUAGAUCAAAUCUCUCCUACACUUCCCAGUCCCAGAGAUGAUCAAAGUUUAAGAUAGAGUCAAUUAAAGUAAGCAAUUCGAGAUUGUUUAGUGGAUAUGAAGAAUUCAGGAUAUAGUCCUGAUAAAAAGAUUGAUUCAAGAAAAAGAUUAAUAUCUCCAUUAUCACCUCAAUAACAUAGUGAGAUUGAAGCUAAAUUAAAGAAUUUAAAUGAAAAAUAUGAAAAUUUAAUUCGUUAAGCUUAGCGAGAGAGUGAUUUCAAAAAUAAAGCAGUUAUCAGAAAAUAAUUGUUGGAAAUAGCUGAAUAGAUGAAGGAGACUACUAAGAUUGAUAAAAUAAACUGA